CCUGGUAGCAAUUAGUCCCCAUGUAGUAUUUGAUAGGAAAAUGUUUGUAUCAAAUACAAGGCCAAACACACACACACACACACACUGAAUCUAACACCGGUAAAUGACUUCAUUGCAAUAGCUUCAGAUAUGUGCAUGCAGAAAGUUUCGGUUCAUGAAGCAAUAAUGUAGCUUGUUUGUGUUUGCUUCCAUAUAUGGUUUGUUUCUAACUUCCAGAUUGACCACCCACUUUGUUUCAUUAACAGCAUAUUUUUAAACCAUCAAUUGCUGAGAGCACAGCUUACCAGCAAGAGACACCAUGGAGCAACUCAAUGCCACUGUGGUUAGCACUAACUUUUCUUCUAGAGAACUUCCAACAUUCCCCUCCUGGAAAGCAGGUAGUCUGGUUUCUGUGGUCAUAUGCAUCUUCUGCUUUUUACUGGGAGUUCCUGGAAACAUCGCAGUGAUUCUUCUCAAGCCUAACUGGAAAAAUCUGUCCAGUCUGAGCCGGACUUUGAUGCUAAAUCUGUCUGUGUCUGACCUGCUGUGUCUGGUGACUCUUCCAAUUUGGGCAUACAGUAUUCUCUAUGGAUGGAUAUUCCAGCUAGCAGCCUGUAAGCUUCUAGCUUAUCUUGUGUACUGCAGCAUUCAUGGCAGCCUGCUGACUGUAACUGCGUUAAGCGUCCACCGAUACCUGACUGUGGUCCGCCAGCAGAGGUGCAGUCAAGUGCAGAAAAGAGUGCUGCUGGUUCUUCUCUGGCUGGUUGCUCUCAUCCUUUCCAUUCCUGCUUUGGUGGUCCGACAGCUGAAAACAUAUCAGCAGUCAGCACAUUGCCAAUCUCAAUUCACCUCUGAGACACAGUGGGUGGUCUUGUUGCUACUGGAGAGCCUGUUUGGAUUUGUUUGUUUUUCUUUAAUGUGCUGUACAUAUAUUCGCUUGCAAAGGAAGGUUAACCAGACAGCUCUUUUCAACCACCCACAGACAACCCGACUGGUGAUCAGCAUCAUCGUGAGCUUCUUUGUCCUGUGGCUUCCCUAUCAUAUAAUAAACCUGCUGGGUGUAGCAGCUGUAAGUCUAAAACAUGUGGACUUGUUAAAAUUUUGCAUGGACCAACAGGAACUUGUUAUUUCGCUUUCAUUUCUGCACAGUUGCCUGAAUCCACUCCUGUAUGCCUUUCAUUCUCCUAAAAUAGUGUGCAAGCAAACUGCACCAAACUAA